AUGACGUUUGUCAUAUAUAUUAGAGUCCAUUUGCUUGAUUUUUUUUUUUCAGUUGACAUGGGAGAAAAAUUGGGCAAAUUUCUUUUGCUUACGUGGAAAAUCUGGGUCCUCCAAUACAGAAGACCUUUACAGACCCUAGUGCCAAUUUUGUUACUGGCUAUAUUUUCAGGGCUAUUGGUAGUCCUUAGAGGCCAGGCGGAACCUGUAUUAAAAAAUGAAAAAAUAUUUUCGCCAUUUUGUACUUUCCCAAUCGCACUUAACCUUAAAACCGCAUCAGGAGAAAUUCUGUGUCCAAGUAUUGAUAAUAUUCCGUCACCAUCAAUUAGUCCGACGUAA